CUUCAAUAUUUUUUAUUUCUUCUUCUUAUUCCGUCUCUUCCAUCGUUUAUUAGUAUCACAAUUGUUCGGAGAGAUGACAGUAUCUGAUAUUCAGAACCUUAAGCUUUCCAAUGGAAAGGUCAUUCAAGCUCACACCUAUCUUUUCAUUAACAAUGAAUUUGUUCCCGGUCGGGGACCAUUGAUCGAGACAAUCAAUCCAGCUACAGAAGAAGCUAUCUGCUCUGUGCAAUCUGCUAGUGAGGAAGAUGUCGACGCGGCUGUUCGUGCCGCUACUCAGUGCUAUGAAUCGGUGUGGCGAAAAACAUCACCGGCUGAUCGUGGUCGCCUCAUCAAUAAGUUGGCCGACCUGAUGGAAAGAGAUAUCGAAGAGUUGGCUGCUUUGGAUGCCCUUGAUAACGGCAAAUCCUUUGUCAUUGCUCGCGACGGUGACAUUACCGAUUCCAUUGCCUGUUUUAGAUACUUUGCGGGCUGGGCUGACAAGAUCCACGGCAAAACUAUAGAUACUACGUUUGAUAAAUGGUGUUAUACGCGUCAUGAACCUUUAGGUGUCGUUGGCGCUAUUAUUCCAUGGAAUUAUCCAACUAUGAUGGCAGCCUGGAAAUUUGCUCCGGCUUUGGCGGCCGGUAAUUGCGUCGUGAUGAAGACGUCGGAAAUUACUCCAUUAUCUGCUUAUAAAUUUGCCGCUCUGGUGAAAGAAGCGGGUUUCCCACCUGGCGUCGUCAACAUCAUCACAGGAUAUGGACAUACCGUUGGCAAAUACCUAAGCCAGCAUUUGGGUAUCGCAAAGAUGGCUUUUACUGGGUCUACACUGACAGGGCAGAAAAUCAUGGAAUCAUCUGCGCAAAGUAACCUGAAGAAGCUCCAGUUAGAGCUGGGAGGAAAAUCCGCUCAAAUCGUGUGUGCGGAUGCAGACAUUCCGAACGCCGCCGAAAAAGCUUGCUUCGGCAUCUUUAAUAAUCAUGGACAAAACUGCAAUGCCGGAACUCGCAUCUUUGUGCACGAAUCAAUCCACGAUGAAUUCUUGGCGGCGUUUGUGCGACAUGUCGAGAGUAUCAAGUUGGGCGAUCCAUUCGAUCCCGAGACCUUUCAGGGGCCACAAAUCAACAAGGCCCAGUUUGACCGAAUUCUGGAUUAUAUUGCCAUUGGAGAAAAAGAAGGCGCUUCUCUUUAUCUUGGCGGCAAACGCUGGCAAGACAAAGGUUAUUUUAUCGAACCUACCAUCUUCAUCCAUUGCCGAAACGACAUGCGUAUUAUGCAAGAAGAGAUCUUUGGUCCCGUCGUGUGCAUCAGUACUUUCAAAACGAUUGACGAAGCUAUUGAACUGGCGAACGAUUCCAAAUUUGGUCUAGCUGGUGGCGUCUACACCAGUAAUCUCGACACCGCCAUCAGGGUGUCAAAUGAACUCAAAGCUGGUACGGUCUGGGUGAAUUGCUUCGAUGUUUUUGAUCAAGCCACACCUUUUGGCGGAUACAAACAAUCCGGAUUUGGUAAAGAGCUGGGAAAGUACGCGUUGCAGGAAUAUACCCAAGUAAAGGUGGUGAAAAUUCAACUGGGCGCGUCGAAUGGCUUAUAAUAAAACAGCAAUAAGUCACCUUUAAGCUAUUAUUUCAUCGGACUGGGCUGAAUUUGAUAAGCAAAUCAGAAAUAGACGAUAGAUCAUUGCAAACCAAAAAUCAUCAAAAUGAUACCUAUAAAAUAAGCUCAUUACAUUGAUGCGAUGUGCAAGGUGGAAUAGGAAAAAUAGUCGAUCAGAAGGGUUUGCCGCAUUUGAUGAAC